AUGAACGUUAACCAGUCAGCUCCACCUGUGCCGCCAUUUGGGCAGCCCCAGCCCGUCUACCCAGGGUAUCAUCAAUCCAGCUAUGGUGGCCAACCAGCGUCCACAGCCGCCCCCACUCCCUAUGGAGCCUACAAUGGCCCAGUACCAGGCUAUCAGCAAACCCCUCCCCCAGGUGUUUCAAGAGCCCCAGCUUCUUCAGGGGCACCUCCAACCUCGACAGCACAGGGCCCUUGUGGCCAGACUGCAUAUGGCCAGUUUGGUCAAGGAGAUGUGCAGAAUGGACCAAGCUCCGGUGUUCAGAUGCAGAGGCUCCCUGGGUCUCAGCCAUUUGCGUCUGCCCCAUUGGCCCCUGUGGUCAGUCAGCCAGCUGUGCUUCAGCCCUAUGGGCCUCCCCCGACAAGUGCACAGGUGACUGCUCAGCUGGCCGGAAUGCAGAUCAGUGGUGCUGUGGCCCCAGCCCCUCCCCCUUCGGGGCUGGGCUAUGGCCCACCAACGUCACUGGCCUCAGCCUCAGGAAGUUUCCCUAAUUCUGGUCUGUAUGGCUCCUAUCCUCAGGGCCAAGCUCCUCCCCUUGGCCAGGGUCAUCCGGGGGCCCAGCCUCCCCCGCGAUCUGUCCCACCACAGGCCUCCAGCUUCACACCCUCCGUCUCAGGGGGUCCUCGGAUGCCUUCGAUGACUGGUCCACUCUUGCCUGGACAGAGUUUUGGGGGGCCCCCAGUGAGCCAGCCCAACCAUGUGUCCUCACCUCCUCCUCAAGCUCUGCCCCCUGGUACCCAAAUGACUGGGCCCCCAGGACCACCACCACCUAUGCACUCCGCCCAGCAGCCAGGCUAUCAGCUGCAGCAAAAUGGUUCCUUUGGACCAGCCCGGGGCCCUCAGUCCAAUUAUGGAAGUCCCUACCCAGGAGCAGCCACUUUUGGCAGUCAGCCUGGGCCUCCUCAACCAUUGCCUCCCAAGCGCCUGGACCCUGAUGCCAUCCCGAGCCCUAUUCAGGUUAUUGAAGAUGACAGGAACAACCGGGGUUCAGAGCCAUUUGUUACUGGAUUACGGGGCCAGGUGCCACCCUUAGUCACCACCAACUUCCUGGUGAAAGACCAAGGAAAUGCAAGUCCCCGGUACAUUCGAUGCACAUCCUAUAACAUCCCUUGCACCUCUGACAUGGCUAAGCAGGCUCAGGUGCCCCUGGCAGCUGUCAUCAAGCCGCUGGCAAGGCUGCCCCCAGAGGAGGCUUCACCGUAUGUUGUCGACCAUGGGGAAUCUGGCCCUCUGCGCUGCAAUCGUUGCAAAGCAUACAUGUGCCCCUUUAUGCAGUUUGUUGAGGGAGGGAGACGCUUCCAGUGCUGCUUCUGCAGCUGUAUCAACGAUGUUCCUCCCCAGUAUUUUCAACACCUGGAUCAUACCGGCAAGCGUGUGGAUGCUUAUGACCGUCCUGAGCUGUCUCUGGGCUCUUAUGAAUUCUUGGCCACUGUAGAUUACUGCAAGAACAAUAAGUUCCCCGUCCCUCCUGCCUUCAUCUUUAUGAUUGAUGUCUCCUACAAUGCCGUCAGGAGUGGUCUUGUCAGGCUCCUCUGUGAGGAGCUCAAGUCGCUGUUAGACUUUUUGCCUAGGGAGGGCGGGGCAGAAGAGUCAGCAAUCCGAGUUGGCUUUGUCACCUAUAAUAAGGUGCUCCACUUCUACAAUGUGAAGAGCUCAUUGGCCCAGCCACAGAUGAUGGUUGUAUCUGAUGUGGGUGACAUGUUUGUACCACUGCUGGAUGGCUUCCUGGUCAAUGUCAAUGAGUCUCGGGCCGUCAUCACCAGCUUAUUGGAUCAGAUUCCAGAAAUGUUUGCAGACACAAGGGAGACGGAGACAGUAUUUGCCCCAGUGAUUCAGGCUGGGAUGGAGGCUCUGAAGGCUGCUGAGUGUGCAGGGAAGCUCUUUCUGUUCCACACCUCCCUGCCCAUUGCAGAGGCCCCAGGGAAACUGAAGAACAGAGAUGACAGGAAGUUGAUCAACACAGACAAGGAGAAGACUCUGUUCCAGCCUCAGUCAGGUGCCUAUCAGACCCUGGCCAAAGAGUGUGUGGCCCAAGGCUGCUGCGUAGACCUCUUCCUCUUCCCUAACCAGUAUGUGGAUGUGGCCACCCUCUCUGUUGUACCCCAGCUCACUGGUGGCUCUGUCUAUAAAUACGCUUGCUUUCAGGUGGAGAACGACCAGGAACGGUUCCUGAGUGACUUGCGUCGGGACGUCCAGAAGGUCGUUGGCUUUGAUGCUGUGAUGCGGGUCCGGACAAGCACUGGAAUCCGUGCUGUAGAUUUCUUUGGGGCUUUCUACAUGAGCAACACCACAGAUGUGGAGCUGGCUGGGCUGGAUGGGGACAAGACGGUGACUGUGGAGUUCAAGCAUGACGAUCGGCUCAAUGAAGAGAACGGAGCCCUCCUGCAGUGUGCCCUGCUCUACACCAGCUGUGCGGGGCAGCGACGGCUCCGCAUCCACAACCUGGCUCUCAACUGCUGCACUCAGCUGGCUGAUCUGUACCGAAACUGUGAGACUGACACGCUCAUCAACUACAUGGCCAAGUUUGCAUACCGGGGGGUCCUGAGCAGCCCUGUGAAGACUGUUCGUGACACUCUCAUCACUCAGUGUGCCCAGAUCUUGGCCUGUUACAGAAAGAACUGUGCCAGCCCCUCCUCUGCGGGACAGUUGAUCCUCCCUGAGUGCAUGAAGCUCCUCCCUGUUUAUCUGAACUGUGUAUUGAAGAGUGAGGUCCUGCAGCCUGGAGCUGAAGUCACUACUGAUGACCGUGCCUAUGUCCGGCAGCUGGUUACCUCCAUGGACGUGGCUGAGACCAAUGUCUUCUUCUAUCCUCGGCUCCUACCAUUGACAAAGUCUCCCAUUGAGAAUACCACUGAACCACCAGCAGUUCGAGCAUCUGAAGAGCGUCUAAGCAACGGGGAUAUAUAUUUGCUGGAGAACGGGCUCAACCUUUUCCUCUGGGUGGGAGCAAGUGUCCAGCAGGGUGUUGUCCAGAGCCUCUUCGGCGUCUCCUCCUUCAGUCAGAUCACCAGUGGCCUGAGUGUUCUGCCAGUUCUGGAUAAUCUGCUGUCUAAGAAGGUUCGAGGCCUCAUUGAUAGUUUGAGGGCACAGAGAUCGCGGUACAUGAAGCUUAUUGUGGUGAAACAAGAGGACAAGCUGGAGAUGCUGUUCAAACACUUCCUGGUGGAAGACAAGAGCCUGAGUGGGGGAGCAUCCUAUGUGGACUUUCUCUGUCACAUGCACAAGGAGAUUCGACAGCUACUGAGCUAG